AUGCUGGACCACAUGUCAGACGUGCUCGACAUGUUCACAGUUCUCUACCCUGAGCACAAGCCUGUAGGCCUGUUCGACUGGUCGUCCUGUCAUGACUGCAUGGAGGUCGGCGCACCGUCGGUGAAGAGAAUGAACUUGGGUGUCGGUGGUGUGAGGAACGGAGAAGAGCUUGCGCCGAUGGACCCCGUGACCAUCCUCGAAGAUACCCCGAACCUCCCAGCCGGCACGGUACAGCACUUGGUGUUUCGGAGGGGGGACGAUCCCCCCUUCCACUCCCCGCAUCUCAAGCCGGCGCAAUAUGUCGGAAAGUUGAAAGGAAUGCGGCAGAUUUUGUGGGAGAGGGGGCUCCUGGUCAAAGGCAUGAGUAAGACGGGGGGCUCGGGCGAAAAGCAGGACCUCAGCAAGAGCAUGGAGCACGUUUUGGGAGAGCAGAAGGACUUCAAGGAAGUUGAUUCUAGUCUGGUGCUGUUGAUGCAGCGCCACGGGGGGGCCUGUCUCAUGCUUCCUAAGUACCACUGCGAGUAUAACCCCAUCGAGCUUGUUUGGGGCCGAGCGAAGGACUGGACUCGAAAGAACUGCAAAUAUUCGUUGGAAUGCUUGCGCAAGAACGUGCCGCUGAGUUUUAGACCAGAGAAGGAUAGACAGGCUGUUUCGGUAGUCCAGGGCUACUGCAAGAAGGCGUACACACACGCCCUCAUGUACCGCGAGACGCGUGUGCAAGGGCCUGAGGGCAAGAAGACGUACAAGAAGUACAAGUCGCACAGGCGCCGGACCCCGAAGGAAUGGAGGCCGUAGAGUCGAUGGCGCAUUCUUGUUCAUUGAGCUGUAUUUGUUCAGUUUUUUUCCGUGUUUCUGGUGGGAAUGUUGUACAAAAAUGGAACACUUUUGUUCAAAACGGCCAAUUUUUGUGAUGUAUGUACGCUAUAGGUGCGGUAGAGGCAUUUGCAUAGUGUUUGAGGGCGUUCCUGUGCACGCGUGGGUGGUUUGGUGCGAAAAAAAUAAAACAAGGAUUAGGAACAUAUAUGGGGAAAAGUUGCUCUAGGGCCAAUUUCGUGGGUUCGAGACCCGCCGCGAGCAUCUUUUUUUCUUUUUUAUCUCUUUU